AUGAAGAUUAAAGAGUGCCUGGUCGAGACAAAGAACUGCUUGGUGUACUACUUCCUGGGGCUGAAGAUAAGCGUGUGUCUUAUAGGCCCCCCAAAAUCGGGAAAAACAUCUUUCUGCAAGGCAUACUCAAACAGGAAAGUGCUGAGCAAGGAAAGGCCCACAAUGGGCAUGCGCACCCGAGCCUUUGUCAAGAACGGGAUCAAGGGAACCUUUAGCGACAUAGGCGGCGCGCCAGAGUACAGCAACCUUUGGGACUUCAGCUACAGAAGCUCAAAGGCCCUGUUUUUCUUCGUGGACGCAUCCGACCCUAGCAGCUUUUAUAGCGCAAAGUGCAUGCUGCAAAGGCUGCUCGAGAAAAACAAACAUGUGGACAUCCCCAUUCUUGUGCUGUGCACGCACAACGACACAAAUGGCUUUGUAAAGUGCCAGAGCAUCGCGCUCGAGCUCUCCCUGGACUCCUUUCUAGGAAAAGACAUUUCGUGUUACUCCAUCUCCUCUCUCACGCUGUCUAACUUUGCAGCUGUUGAAGAGUGGAUAGCAAAACAUGCAAAAUAG